AUGAGGCUAGCUGUUCUUGCUCUUCUGCCUGUGGCAUUAGCCACUUCAAAGGUGUAUUAUACCACUGGCGAGGGCGUUAACGCGCCAAGGAUCGAUGAAUACAUCAGUCAUCAUUGCGCUCUGAAAUCCAACAUCAAUGGUCAAAUUUACAGUCGCUAUUUCUUUUGUGGUGCGCCUGAAGUACUGGUAGGAACAAAUCAAGAAAACCCAGAUCCAAAGCAUCUUCAGUUUUCACGCGGAGAAUGCUUUGACAAGUCAGUCAAGGGCAAGUAUUGGCCAUGUAAGGUACCUGGCGCAAUCGUAGCCACAAGAUGUACGGGGCCAGACCCGGACAAACCAAAAUAG